AUGUCAUUCUCUGACCUCCCUAUCGAGCUACUUCUCAAGACAGCGUCAUACCUCGAAGACUCAUCGCUAAGUAGACUCUCCAGGGCUUGUGCAGGGCUUCAUAAGCAUCUAGAAGGGGAACUGUACAAGCGCGCCACCACAGAUCGACCCACAACCAUGAGGUUGGCGCUUGUGCGCUACCUCUUGUCCCACGACGUUACAGGCAACGAUCCUGAUACCGGCACCUGGGACGUCUCUGAUCAUUCAACUCACCGCGACUUCUGGAACACCGACAUCGCCACUCUGUUCGUCCGUAAGGCUGCUGAACUUGAAAUUCUCGACCGCAGGAGGGCGACCGGUGUCCUGGGCAGGAUCAUCGGCUGUACUUGGUCUCGUUGGCCUGCGGGGUCCGAUGGACUUGAACUAAUGGAGCUACUGCUUUCGAGAUGCAAUGCUUCAGCGAAAACAAAACACGGAGCGGAUGUCAACUAUUUGGAUCACCACGGUACCCCAGUCCUGUUCCGGAUGAUUUAUGAAAUUGGCGACGAAAACAUCAUCAGUUCUGUCGUCCGCACGCUUCUAGAAGCAGGCGCAGAUCCAAAUCGAUGCUCGUCUGCGCGGCCUGGGUACACCCCGCUUGGAGCAGCUAUCGACCGACGCUUUUUCGGGACAGCAAUGACAUUGAUCAAGUCCGACCCCUCUCUUGCUGUCAAAGGCUUUAACAGUAGGGGCGGACAACCUACCAGCCCCCUGCACCAAGUCGUACGGGAGCCGCUGGGUCUCAACCCUGAAGGCCAGCUAGAGCUCACUCGAACACUCAUCGAGCUUGGUGCUAAAGUAUUCGACAGUCAUCUGGAUCCCGCGCUGAUGCUUUUCUAUGGUUCCAAUGGCGGCGACAUGAUCACUCUGCUGCUCGAGCAUGGAGCUGAUCCGGACAAGCCAGGUGCCGAAGGCCGUAACUUCUUGCAGCGAUUUUUGAAUUGUCUUGGCAAAAAUAUCGAUUGGGGUUUUAAAUUGGACGUCCUCACCCGGGUAGCAACGAAGAAGAAGUUGCCUGGGUUACUUCCUGGGGAAGUUAUCGUGUGGAACGCUGAGAUUGCUCUGCAUGAGAUGCAGAUGAUUCCGAAGACCCGUGGAAAUGUCUCUGGGGGCUUUGCAUGGGCGAAAAAACGGUUGGCAUACAUAUGGGAACCGCUCGAAGGGGUCGUGAAGACAUUUGAACCCGAGGAGUUCCCCUUCGCCGCGGAUAUCCAUCGUUUCUGGAACCAGCACCACGUUGAGGUCGAAGGUUAUCUCGGCGAAUCAGUUACGUUGAUGAACGGGUUGUGAGAACAGACAUUGCAUUUUGCUCAGGCGGGUUCUCUAUCGCCAUCUUAGUGGGAAAUGACUGGAUGAAACGAAUUGUAUUUGAGGGAAUGAUAGUUCAGGGACUUCGGAUGGGCUGGACCGGACGGCAUUCCGAACCUUUCAGUCUUUUCUCAUAGGUAGCUUUACACUAUUCACUCGCAAUGGUCGCUCCAUAGUCUGAAGAAGAGGUAUUUUCCU